AUGGCAACUCCAGAGGAGAGCCUAUCGGCUCAGAAGAGUAUGGCGAUGGGUGAUAGCUAUGAGAAGGCUACGCAGUGCGAACGUUUACGCGAUAAUACUGAGCAAGAGAUCCCAGCGGCUGAGUUGGAAUGUGUCGUCCAGCGUGAAUCGCCUCCAGUGAAAUCGUGGUCGCGGAGACGACGAUCUUCAGCCCGUAACCCGAUAUUCCCGAGGCGGGGCUCGAGCGCACUGGACAAGAUGAGAGCAGCUGCGAGGGCCGCUAAUCAGGAAAACUACGAUGGUAGCACUCCUGCUCGAAACGACGUCGUCAGUCUCACCGAAGAAGAGAAAGAGAAUAUUUGCAAACAGCGAGAUUUUGAAGAGUUCCUUCAGCGCGCGAGCAAAAUUGUUGAGAAAGCCAUAGGCAUUUCCGACCUACCGGGGUUGGUGGACAUAGAUCCAUUCAUAGACUACGCUACAGAGGAGCGCGUCGGAAAGUCAGUAGGAGGUGCCGGAGAGUCCGUGCCACUGAGAUCAACGGACCGAGUGUUCGCUCGAUUUGGCGAGGAAGGACGUCUCGGUGAGAUCACAGAUAACCCUGUGGUCUGUAUCUGGUCGGUGGCAAUGCAGAAACGUCCAGAAUUCGUGCUCCGAAGUCAUACUGCUGUUGUGACCGCUAUGAGCGACAAGUUCAAUCCGACUAUUUAUCUGGGAGGAUCCGCGAGUGGUUGCGUAUUAAUUUGGGAUACAAGAGCCAAGAGCGAGCCCCAUCACUCGGUCCUUCUGCGCGACAGUGAUCAAAGAGGUUAUUCGAUAUCUGCUGUUGCCUUUUCUGCGACUGAUGCUAACCUUAUCACGCUGGGGACCCACGACGGUCACAUUGUGAGGGUGCGCCUGGACAGCACUACAGGGAAUAGCAAUCCAUGGCAAACGACUAGGGCUAGUCUGCUCGCUCAUGAAGGCAUGAUCACUGCAUUGGAUCCUCAUCCGCUCAGGGACAUCAGGGCCAUGCAGAAACCGACAGUGAGGCGAGGUCUUGAUGAUCUUCUAGCUUCCGGAUCAGUAGAUUGGACGGCCAAAUUGUGGAAUAUGGCCGGGAUGGAGGAGAACACCAAGGCUGCAAGUCGAGACAGGACUAGCGGCGCAGCUGAUCUCUCUAGCAUACUCGGGAUUACGGAGGCUCCGCCGGCUACUGCUUCAGCAACGGUGGACACAUUCAAGGACACUGUGACAGACGUCCGAUGGCAUCCUCAUCAUCCGGCGGUCCUGGCGGUCUCCACCGUUGACGCUAUUCACAUCUGCAACCUCAACUCUAACAUCGAAUCGCCAAUACAUAGCAUUCGAACUCCCGGAUCGGCCCCUCAACGGCUUGCGUGGAGUGCGGAUGGACGUUUGCUCCUUGCCGGAGAUGCAGAGGGACGAGUUACUCUCUAUGAGGCGGAUCGUACUGUGUAUCAGCCGAGAUCAGAAGAGUGGACUAGAUUCGAGGGGAGGCUCUGGGCGGAGGAAGAAACAACCGCGGACGAGAUAUGA